AUGUCUCUGAACGAAGUCUGGGAGGCAGCCUCCACAACUCCUUUUAUCCCGCUUGUUGGCAAGGACGCCCAAUUCUCUGUCGGCUUCAACUUGCUCCUCCUCGCACUGGUGACCGCAACUCUCUUCGGACUGAGUAAACCGAUCUCUACUCGCCAUCGCAUCCUUGGGUGUACCGGCCGCUCUGGCAUUCGGGUUAGUAGUCUGCUGCACCUUGAUUCUCGACAAACAAUUUACUGA